GAGCAUAAGGUUUCGUUGUGGAAGACAUGAUUAACACGUAGCCGGCGUUUGACGUGUCCUAGCCUCCUAAUCUAGGCGCAUAGUGGUUUAAUAAUUUCUUGCAAGCAGUGUCUUAUAAGUUUUGCAACGUGCUGUGUGACGAAGAAUAGAAAGUGCAUGUUUGCAUGCUUCUAACGAGAAGUUAGCAAUUAAAAGUGUGAAAAAAAAGAAAAGAGAAAAAGAAUAAAAAGAAAAUAUGCAUUAAUAGGAGCAUUUAAUUUCACUGGAAGAAAUACACAUAAUGUUGCCGAAUAAAUCGUCUACGACAAAUACGAAAAAAAUCAUGUUUCCCGAUAAAAAAACAACUACCAAGCAAAUGAAAACUUCAACGAUAACCAAUGCCGCCGGUCUUAGUUCUUUGAUUAUUUUUACAGUAUUAUUACUUGCUUGGAUAGCUGGUUUUGCAUCCAGAUUAUUUGCAGUAAUACGGUUCGAAAGUAUUAUACACGAGUUUGAUCCUUGGUUCAAUUAUAGAGCAACAGCAUAUAUGGUACAACAUGGAUUUUAUAACUUUUUGAAUUGGUUCGAUGAAAGGGCAUGGUACCCUUUAGGACGUAUUGUAGGUGGAACAGUAUAUCCUGGACUUAUGAUAACAUCUGGAACGAUACAUUACAUCUUACACUCUUUAAAUAUUCCCAUACACAUAAGAGAUAUUUGUGUCUUCUUAGCACCAGUUUUUAGUGGCCUUACUGCCAUUUCUACGUAUUUAUUAACUAAAGAAAUAUGGAGUGCUGGUGCUGGACUAUUUGCUGCGUGUUUCAUCGCCAUUGUACCAGGUUACAUAUCAAGAUCGGUAGCUGGAAGUUACGACAACGAGGGAAUAGCGAUAUUUGCAUUACAAAUAACUUACUAUCUUUGGGUUAAAUCAGUUAAAACUGGAUCAAUAUUUUGGGCAUCCAUGACUGCUCUGUCAUAUUUUUAUAUGGUGUCUGCUUGGGGUGGAUAUGUUUUCAUUAUUAAUCUAAUACCAUUUCAUGUAUUCGCAUUGUUGGUUAUGAAUCGAUUUAGUAAUCGUUUGUUCACGAGUUAUACCACGUUUUAUAUUUUGGGACUUUUGUUGAGUAUGCAAAUACCAUUCGUUGGUUUCCAGCCGAUCAGAACAUCUGAACAUAUGGCUGCGAGUGGCGUAUUUGGUUUACUGAUUUUCUUAGCUACUCUCAGGUAUUUACGAACUGUGCUGACAAAGUCUGAGAUGAAAUAUUUUAGUGGUGUAGUAGCAGUGACAGCGGUUGUACUCCUACUUAUUCUGAUUAUACUAACUUAUACUGGUAUUGUUGCACCUUGGAGUGGAAGAUUUUAUUCCCUGUGGGAUACUGGUUACGCAAAAAUACAUAUACCUAUAAUAGCGUCAGUUUCCGAACAUCAACCUACUACUUGGUUCAGUUUCUUUUUUGAUUUACAUGUUCUUGUUACAACAUUUCCCGUUGGGCUUUGGUACUGCAUUAAACAUAUUAAUGAUGAAAGAGUAUUUGUUAUAUUGUAUGCCAUAAGUGCCGUCUAUUUCGCUGGAGUAAUGGUGAGACUCAUGCUUACGUUAACUCCAGUCGUAUGUAUGUUAGCUGGCAUAGCAUUCAGUGGACUAUUAGAAUUAUUCUUGAAAGAGGAAUGUAGAGAUGGUAACGAUAGAAUCGAAGGUAGUGAAGAAGAAAGCGAAGAAGAGAGAGAAAGAAGUCCAGGCAGAGCAUUGUACGAUAAAGCUGGAAAACUUAGAAGAAUGAAACACGAAAGACCUAAGGACGCUGGUGAUGGAUUAGGCGACAGUCUUAGAAAUAGUGUCAUCAUUGGUGUAUUAAUAUUAUUAAUGAUGUUCACUGUGCAUUGUACUUGGGUUACAAGUAAUGCAUAUUCUAGUCCUUCAAUCGUAUUAGCAUCUUAUAGCAAUGAUGGUGGUAGAGCUAUUCUGGAUGAUUUUAGGGAAGCUUAUUACUGGUUAGCACAAAAUACACCUAACGAUGCUAGAGUUAUGAGCUGGUGGGAUUAUGGUUAUCAAAUAGCUGGAAUGGCCAACAGAACUACGCUCGUGGAUAAUAAUACAUGGAAUAAUUCCCAUAUAGCUUUGGUCGGUAAAGCAAUGAGCUCUAAUGAAAGUGCUGCUUAUGAGAUUAUGACAUCCUUAGAUGUAGAUUAUGUAUUAAUUAUUUUUGGUGGUAUGAUUGGUUAUUCUGGUGACGAUGUCAACAAAUUCUUAUGGAUGAUACGAAUAGCCGAAGGCGAACAUCCUCAAGAUAUUCGUGAAAGUGAUUACUUCACAGAAAAGGGAGAGUUCAGAGUCGAUUCGGAAGGAUCUCCUACUUUAUUGAAUUCUUUAAUGUACAAGUUAAGUUAUUAUAGAUUUGGUGAAGUUAAAAUUGACUACAGGUCACCUUCCGGCUAUGAUCGUACUCGCAAUGCUGAAAUUGGAAAUAAAAAUUUCCAAUUAACUUAUUUGGAAGAGGCUUAUACCACCGAACAUUGGCUCGUUAGGAUUUACAGGGUGAAGAAACCAGAUGAAUUUAAUAGACCCAGGAUUCCAAUUGCGGACAGAGUUAUAGCUCGUCGAGCAAAUUCAUAUAUUAGCAAAAAGACUGCACGGCGUAAGAAAGGUUUCAUUAAAGGCCGGCCAGUAGUUAUUAAAGGACAAAAACCUUUAAAGAAAACGACGUAACAAAUGUAUAAUACUUAUCCCAUAACAGAUUUCAAAUACAACUUUUGUAACAACAGAAUUACCGUCCCUUGGGUCUACCACAAACUGUAGUCUAAAAGUGUGAAUUAGUACCAUCAAAGGAUUUGUUCGAAGAAUAAUGAAAAAAAAAAAGAGAGAUAGAGA